UUUUUGUAUAUAUAUGGCUGCUAUAAGAAUUUGCGUACAGCAAUCCCAUGGCGGCGCGUUAGGUACUGAACGCUUCCGCAAGCUGCGCUGCGCUGCGCUGUUCUGAGGCUGAUCAUAGGCAUUCGGCCUUGGAGAGACACCGUAGCCGUGGAGUCGGUUUUGUUCCGAGCUGGCCGCCGGGAGUGUGGCGGCGGAGCAAACAUGAAUGUUGGCGUUGCCCACAGUGAGGUGAAUCCAAAUACCCGUGUUAUGAACAGCCGGGGUAUGUGGCUGACAUAUGCAUUAGGAGUUGGCUUGCUUCAUAUUGUCCUACUCAGUAUUCCCUUCUUCAGUGUUCCUGUUGCUUGGACCUUAACAAAUGUUAUACAUAAUCUGGGGAUGUAUGUAUUUUUGCAUGCAGUAAAAGGAGCACCUUUUGAAACUCCUGACCAGGGUAAAGCAAGGCUCCUAACUCACUGGGAACAACUGGACUAUGGAGUACAGUUUACAUCUUCACGGAAGUUUUUCACAAUUUCUCCAAUAAUUCUAUAUUUUCUGGCAAGUUUCUAUACAAAGUAUGAUCCAACUCACUUCAUCCUAAACACAGCUUCUCUCCUGAGUGUGCUGAUUCCUAAAAUGCCACAGCUACAUGGUGUUCGGAUCUUUGGAAUUAAUAAGUAUUGAAAUGUUUUGAAAUGGAACAAAAAUUUUUACAGCUACUAAGUUUUCUGUAAGGAAGGAAUGGUUAGUAAACUGCACUGUUUCCAUGAUAAUGUGAAAUGAGAAGUAUUUACAUUGGAGGGCCAGUUGCUGGUUCUUCAUAUGCUGUUUUGAAGUGCAGAUAUUUACUAGAAGAUGCCUCUGUUUAAUGCAUGUGGUAUCUUUCUGAAGAGGCUUUAGGCAGGCUGGGCAGACCCAGCUUAUAAGUUAAAGGCUGUAAAGUGAGGGUAUAGUAGAUAAAUCCAAGGAAAUAAGAGAUUUAUAAGACACUGAGACCAGAUUAGCUUAUAAUGAGUGGGCAUUAUUUUAGGAGAAGAAAAAUUCCAGUCAUUCAGUCAGUUUAAGCA